ACAAUCAAACCGAGAGGCGAUCAUGCUCAGCUCUACUUCGUGGGGCCUGUAAUUUUCAAUCCUGUCCGACUUUUCUUCCACGGAAUAAAUCACAUGCGAAAUGUACCUUCGAAGUGAAGCAAGCUGCUCUUAUUUUAGUUGUAGCGGUGUGCGCUCAAGCUAGCGCCUGGGGCUACUGGGGCGGUUGGCAUGGCGAUUAUAGCAUGUACGAUUCCCUAGAAGCAAGGUUGAGCAAGGACAGGUCAGCGCCGUUGGAUUCUGCUCCGUCUGUUCCAGCCACUUCUGAAUCUGAAAAAGCGGCCAAGCCUGCCAAAGAAGCACAAGAAAGCCCCGUCCCCUCAGUACCAACUGAAGAAGAGCUGAGGGCCAUGGUAGCUGAAGAGUUGAAGAAGUUGGUGCCCGCUGAAAGCAAGCCCUCUCCUACGCCGGCACUGCCUCCGUGGUUAAAAUGGACAUCGAAAUGGAGCGAUUCGGACGGAAAAGAUGACAGCGAAGCCCCGUGGAUGUACUGGGCGAAGAAGUACGCCGACGAAAAGGGUGUGCCUGGAGUAACCGUCGUAGACGACAAAACUGCUGAAUCCGUCUACCCGAGUCAAGUUAAAAACACUAAAAAGGAUUAAGGUUUAAAUUAAAAAAAUACAAUCUUUUAUGAAUAAAAAUUUUUAAGUGUG